AGUGUCUCAAGGAGCAUCAAGUCUUGUCGCCCCCAACGGCAAUGGUAUUCAAAUGUCGUAUGUGUAGCGAGGACCCUUGUGCGGCACUCUUUGGUAAACGUGGAAUGGCCGAGACGCCCAAGCGCCAAGAGCAAAGGACCCGUAGCGAGAGACGUGCUGUGCAUAAUUUCCAAGCACGCGACGAGCAAGCUUUGAAGGCUCUUGUUAAGUCGUGGGAACAGUACGUCCAUCCGAGAGCUAGAGAGUUCUUCCAAACUCAUGAUAGGCUCACCGACUCCUUAUUGUCAAUCGCUAAGAAUAUCCACUACACUGAGGACCCUAUUCUGGGUGGCGACUCGUGCGUUUAUUGGUAUGGAGAUGUGACCAAGGAUUUGCCCGAGCAAGCAGCUCUUCGUCUAGUCAAGCCCGGCGAGGAUGUGGAAUCUGUCACGUAUGUUAAUCGUCUCCUGGCAUUCAUAUUCGCCACAGACGAGAGUUUCGAGAAGCUCAUGCGUCUCCCCAAGGAGCCUUUCAAAAUGGUAUGCGGUGACCAACUCUGCGUUAACCUCAAGCACAUAGGAGCUGAGCCUUCCUACAGAUGAUUAAUAUGAUUCUCAAUGUUCGAAAAACCAUAACGACUAUCGCCGGUAGCCCGCGGUUGGGUCAAUCCCCACUCGGCUCUAAUAAUUCCAGGGUUCACCGGCCUGUCUUACUAUCUCUUCUCCUGCUAUCGUACUUCCCCGGCUACUCCUGUUAGAGUCGCGGGUUGUGAAUGUCACUAAAAUCGCCGCUUCUAUCACCAUAUUUGCCCGGUAUCUGUUACUGUGAUGGUCUGUGGUAUGCAUAGCACACCUCUAGACUGUCAUCAGUCGAUCCUCUCGAACGAAUUACGAUAAGUAUUACAA